UGUCGGUUGUCGGUGAUGUGGAUCUGAUGAGGGACAGACAGAGAAGGUGGAGUGUCGGCUGUAGACUCUACAUACUCAACAAAGCGGGCUUUAGGGCUGUGGAUCUCAUUGGCCCUGCAGCUGACUUCACCAGUCCUGUUGCCUCUGAACGAGGUAAACUGCAAUCUGGAUCAUAACCCAGAGAGAAGGGAGAGGACAGUGGAAUGAGAGAGGCGUAGAGAGACGGAAAAAAGGAGAGACACUGCAAACGAGCACUGAGGAGGAGAGACCGAGCCCGGCUAGUCGACCCGUUAGCGCCGAUACAGGGAGGUACAGAGGAGGGGCACGGCCGAUCAGGACCACCGGAGACACCCAUUAGCACCAGGGGUCUGUGUUACCUGAACCAGGUGUGAGUGCUUGUUCCGUGUCUCACCCACAGCAGGAUGGCAGAUGCAGAGCUGGACUUCCAGACAGGUGAUGCUGGAGCAUCCGCCACCUACCCUAUGCAGUGCUCGGCCCUGCGCAAAAAUGGCUUCGUUGUGCUGAAAGGCCGACCCUGCAAGAUCGUCGAGAUGUCCACCUCCAAGACUGGCAAGCACGGCCACGCUAAGGUCCACCUGGUUGGUAUCGACAUCUUCUCUGGUAAGAAGUAUGAAGAUAUCUGUCCCUCCACCCACAACAUGGACGUCCCUAACAUCAAGAGAAUGGAUUACCAGCUGAUUGGAAUCCAAGAUGGCUACCUUUCCCUGCUCCAGGACAGCGGGGAGGUGAGAGAAGACCUGAAGAUUCCAGAAGGAGACCUGGGCAAAGAGAUAGAGACCAAGCACGAAGCUGGAGAGGAAAUCCUGAUCACCGUUCUUAAUGCAAUGGAUGAAGAAGCUGCAAUCGGUAUCAAAGCCUUGGGUAAAUAAGCCACUGCAGGGGCAAACGAGAUGCACUGGACCCGGGGCAAAGGAGGGGAAUAUUGCCUCGUCAAUGCUAUCGUCCCUCUCUUUUUUUUUUUUUGUCUUUGUUUUUCAUACUCUCUCUGUCCCCUUCUCACUCUGUUACCUGGCCCUGCUUUGGGUUUAAUUAGAGAACUUUAAUAAAUAAUUGGAAAUGCCAAAUGUUAAAGAAGAAUACUCUCUAUACGUGCAGCACAUGAACACCAAAUAAAACCACUCCCGAGUCCCGACGUGCUAACGGUGUAGAAGAGGGUCUCACAAACUGACACUUCUGUAGCUGCUCGAUGGAGGAAAGCUGUAACAGUCAUUGUUUUUUUAUAUACAUACAAAUAUAUAUAUGUCCCUCUGUUUUAUCAAGGGCUUCAACUCUAAGUCUGCAUUGUUCUGUUGAGGCUUGUUCAGUUCGUGCCAAAGUUGAAAGUCUGGCACGGGAAGUGUGUCAUACAGGAUCCAAGUUCGUUUAGUCUUUUCUGUGUGGCACGUUUCCAUCGGGAUUCAUCUGGACAAGCCCCUCCUUCUGCUGUUAUUUUAUGGAACAUUUAUCACCUGAAACUUGUCUAUUAAAUGAAGGUUACCAACAUGGCA